AUGGCGGCAACCAAGCCUUUUGACACUGGUCACAACGACCGGGUGACCGUCAUCCACUCCAAUUUCAACGGCACCAAGAUCUUGACAGGGUCUAUCGACCACCGCAUCAAGGUCUGGAAGCGAGACUCCAAGACCGGUGAGACGACGCUGGUUGACACGUUCACAGCGCACGACGCCGAUAUCAAAGACGCCAAAUUCCUCUCCCCCACCCUAGGCACCCACCUCGUCACCACCGGCAAUGACCUCAAAUGCCACCUGUGGAGCGAAGACGCAACCCAGCCACCCCUCCAAGGCCACCGCUUCCGGCGCGUGGCAACCAUCCAAUCGACACCACGUGUUCCAUUCGUCUCGCUAGAUGUCAAGACCUUGACGACCGACCACAUUACCACCUUUCUCGCCCUGAUCGACCGUCUCGGCCUGCUCAGCAUCUACGAGCCGAGCAAUCCCGACGACCUCCGCGAGUGGACGCUUCUUGACACCUUCAAUGUCUGCACACCCAACGCGGUUCCAUCGCGCGGCGAUGAAACGAGCUUCAAAGUCCAGUUCGACCCGAAUCCAACUCCACUGCCGUAUAUGAUGUCCGUGAACGAUGAGCGCGACCAGCUCGGCCUGGUCGUGUGCGCGCUCAAUGAGGUCAAGAUCUUCCGCGGCAUGGUGCCUUCGGCCACGGGAACCGGGACCGGCGGCGGCGGCGGCGGCGCCGGGGAUGGCAGUAUCGGUGGGAUAGGCCUGGGGAUCGGGGGCGGGAGCGGCGUGUCGAGUACUGGCGGGGCGAGCCAUAGGAUCAUGUUCUAUGAAGCGAUCAAUCUGCCUGUUCAUCCGGCGUUGGUAAGAGAUGUGGCUUGGGCGCCGUUCAGCGUCAGAGGGACCGAUCGCAUUGCCACAGCAUGCAAAGACGGGGGCGUGCGAGUCUUCGAGCUCGGCGUUGCAGAAGGGCAAAAUGCGAAUGGGAAUAACAACGACAGCGGGAAUGGAGGACGAAAUGGAACGGAGCGGCAUCAAUCAGCGGCUCAGGCGCGAAAUACCGUGCAGCAACGCCAACAACAGCAGUCGAGCCUCACUUCUGCCAUUACUGGGCGCCAAACUCAAGCAUCGUCGACCCAAAUGUCCAGCCAGGCCGGCGGUUCACGCACAAUCCACGACUUUGGAUACCUUACCACUCUCUCUUCCUUUACGACCCUUCCCCAAGCCCAUACCGACGCAUGGUCCGUCACUUUCGACGGCCAGGGUCAAGUACUAUUAAGUCAGGGAAGCGAUGGUGUCACAAAACUCUGGAGGAAAAGCGUGCUCAAUGGACAAUGGAUGGUAUUUGCAGGGCAGGAUAUCACGGAGGAUUCAGAUGAAUCAGAUGAAGAUGACGACGAGGAUGAAGAGGUCAACGAGCUGGGCGGUCUGAACCUGUGA